AUGAUUUAUACAAAACCCGAAUGGUACACUCCAGCCGAGGUAGCGGUUCAUAAUAAGGCGUCAGAUUGUUGGAUUUCUUUAAACGGAAUAGUUAGAGACCUUACUUCAUGGCUGCAAGAUCAGUUUAAGCUAUGUAAAUGUAUUAAGAACUGCACAUGUCCGGUCAAGAAACUGUUAGCCAUAACAAUACUGGCCUAUGCUGGCAAGGACAUCAGCCAUUGGUUCAAGGGAGAGGAAUGGGUACGUUAUACCCAUCCAAUAACUGGCACCACUACAGUGUACCAACAGCAUGGACCAGGAAACCAAACAGCCGGUGGUACCUUCAACUCGCUGGCGACCACUGACAAGACCUUGGUGGUUUCGUCAGUAACUCUCGAAGUAUGUUCCGAGGAGACAAUCUAUCAGAUCAUGAUGCGGUACCUGCCCCACAAUUCACAUAUGCUGUCCUACACGUGGCGGUAUUUGGGAAGACCCUUGUGCUAUGAUUGGACCCUACAUCAGAACGGUAUCCCGGAUGAGAGAGAUCGAUUUGAAAAAAGUCGCCUUGCCAGAUAA